AUACAUGUCAAUAGCAUAGCUUAAAGCAUAACACAAAAGCAAAGAAUAUGCAUCACAAACCUGCAAAUCAAGCACACGUUUUUAUCAUUUUGUUCCUUCAUCUUCAAUCACUCAUCAACAACACAUUCAAAACCAACAUCAAUCCCAAAAAAAAAAACAAAAAAAAAAUAACAAACAGACAGACAAACGUGCCUAGUAAAAUCCUAGUCAUAGCAGGCUGCUAUUGGUAGGGUCUGAGGAGGAAAAACAAUGGAGAGCAAAGGGUCAAAAGAGUUGAUCAAGUCAAUCUUGAUCAUGGCUGGAAUCCCUCUAGCAUUUUCUGUUGCUUGUUCUUUAUUUGCAAGAAUUAAAGAAAGAAAGAUUACAUCUUUGCAUGAUCAAAUUCAAGAAACCACGUUCAAUACGGAUAGAGUGUGUGGUGAUGAUGAAGAGGAUGAUGGAGAUGUGAAUAAUCUUAAGGAGCACAUUUUGGCUCUUAAAUGUAAGAUUGAAGAGCUUCAAGAGCUCGAAAGGGAGAUAGAGGUUCGGUUUUUUCGAUUCGUUGAGUUAAAAGAUCAAGAAUACGCGCUUAUGGAGGUGCAGAACGGAUUGCGUAUGGAGAAAGAACGAGCCGAGUUCUUGGAAAGGGAGAUGGCAUCGAUGGAGGAAGAGAGCAAGAAGUUUGAUGAGAUGGUGAUCGCGUAUUUAAAAGCGUUGGAAGAUCUUGAAUCUUCGCGAUCGGAGAACAAUGUUCUUCGGAGAAGGGAGAGGAAGCUUUUGAAGAAAAGUAAAGAAAGUUUGAAGUUGAUUGUGAAACAGAAGUUAAAGAUUGAAGCACAAGAAGAAGAGAUGUUGAGUUCCAACGCCGAGUUGAAAAGAAAAGAUGUUGUGAUCGAGGGGUUGGAACGCGAAGUUGAGGUGAUGAGAGGGGAGGUCAAUCGGUUGCAGACCGAGAAGGACGAGGUUUUGAACAAGCUAGAGACCGCGGAAAACACAGUUGCAUCAAAGGCUGAAGAGGAAAGGAUGCUCAUGGAGAACUACAACCGAGUAGUAAACGAACUAGAAAACCUAAAAAAGGAUCGGGCAAGUGAGCUAAAAGAACUAAUAUAUUUACGUUGGUGCCACGCUUGUCUACGACAUGAGCUUGCAAGGAGGAAGGAGCUCGAGCAAGAAACAGAACAAGAUGAAGAAAUCAUUAAUAAUCAUGAGGAAGGAUUAGAAUUAAGCCAAAAUGUAGCACCUGAUGAGUGCAUAGGACAUGAACCGGAAAAUGAGAAGCUGGUGCGCCAUGAUGAGCCAUUUUUUGGACCCGGUCAACACCAUACGAAGCGAAGAUGGUUGGCUAGGAAGUUCAAGAAAUGGGUCGAGGGAAAUGAGAAACAUCACGAGGCUAAAUGUUUUGGAAGCCAUUCAGUUGUUGACGAGGCUGAAGAGCGACAUGUAGCCGGAAGGAAAUCAUUUUCAAGUGUCUAAAUGACAAGUCAAAAUCUAUAGCAAUAACCAAUACAAACUUUAUACGUAAAGUAUCAUGAUGUACUACAUGUUCUAAUAACUACACGUGUCUCUCUGGGGCUGACCUUAUAACUUUAAAGAAAAAAGGUUUUAGGAGCGCUAA